AAUCAUUUGUCGACGAGACGUCUUACGCAGCUUAUGGACUUUAGCUUGAAUAGUAAUUAUUUUGUUGAAUAUGGAUCGCUGGAGAAAUCGCGUCGCUGUUGUCACUGGCGCCAGCUCGGGCAUUGGUGCCGAAUGUUGCAAGGAUCUGGUUGCAAGGGGCAUGAUUGCUGUGGGCCUGGCACGUCGUCUGGAUCGACUAGAGCAGCUAAAGGCAUCUCUGCCUGCUGAACAGGCUGCACACUUUUAUGGCCGCCAGUGUGACGUGAGUGUUGAGCAACAGGUGAUUGAUUCGUUUGCCUGGAUCGAUGAGACUCUCGGCGGUGCGGAUGUGCUAGUGAAUAAUGCGGGCAUUGUGCGCCGCGUGCACAUAGUCGACGAGGGAAACAGCGCCGAUCUGCGGGAUAUAUUAAAUACCAACGUAUUGGGCGUUACCUGGUGCACACGCGAGGCCUUUCACUCGAUGCAGCGACGUCGGAUAAACGAUGGGCAUGUGCUUAUUAUCAAUAGUGUUGCCGGGCACGGAGUGCCCAUGAAUCCUGGCUUUAGCUUCAACAUGUAUGCACCUUCGAAGCAUGCUGUCACUGCACUGAGCGAGUUUCUACGCCAGGAGUUCCUGAAUAAGGGCACCAUGACUAAGAUUACAAGCAUCAGUCCAGGCAUUGUUGAUACGGAAAUUUUUGACAAAAACUCACCGGAAGUGCUGGCUAAAAUGCCCAUGUUGCGACCCGAGAAUGUGGCCGAUGCGGUCGCCUACUGCAUCCAGACGCCGCCCAACGUUCAGAUUCAUGAGCUGAUUAUCAAGCCCGUUGGAGAAAGAUUCUAGUAUUCC